AUGGCUAAUAUAAAAGCGUAUAUCACCAAUUGUGAUCGUAAUUAUAAAAACAUGAAAAUUGUGUAUGAACUGGCAGGUAAACUUAGUCAAAGCACCAAUAUCACUCCUCAAGAACGAUCUAGUUUUCUAGUUCGAUAUAAGGACAUUGAACGUUUUAGGCAACAAUUUGAAGAAGCUUUUACCAUUAUUAUGUCUAGUCCAGAGGCUAUGAGUGACAAAUCUCGCGAAGAAUUAGAAGUUAGGUAUUCAGCCUUCAUGGACAUGUACUAUUCUAUUCAAGUUUUACAUAGUUCAUUUGAAACAAAAAGUAGCAAUAGUACUCAACAAGUAUCAGUUAAAUCAGAACCUGGCAUACAUCUUCCGAACAUAUCCCUAAGUAGGUAUACAGGUGUGUACACUGAAUGGCCAAAUUUUAUUUCUAUAUUCAAUAGUUUAAUACAUAAUAAUGAUAGCUUGAGCCCAAUUCAAAAAUUGCAUUAUUUGCUGAGUGUUUUAGAUAAAGAACCACUUUCUUUAGUGAAACAUUUAGUAAUAUCUAAUGAGAACUACAAUGUUGCUUAUAAUCUAUUAAUUGCACGCUAUGAAAACAAGAGAGUGAUCGCUGAUAAACAUGUAGAAGCAAUUCUUAACUUACCAACUUUAGCACAGUUAUCUUUAAAAAAUUUAACCAAGUUUGUUUACACUAUAAAGGAAAAUACUCAAGCCCUUAAUGCUCUAAACAUAGAUACAAAAUCAUGGGAUUUUCUUUUACUUCACAUUAUUCUCAGAAAAUUGUCCCUUGAAUUAAGAAGUAAAUUUGAAUCUCAAGUAGAUGCUAGGAGUAUACCAUCAUUUAACAAUUUAAUUACAUUCUUAGAAAAUCAACUAUAUAUUUUAGAAAAUUUAAAUACAUGUACACAUAAGGCUUCUACCAGCAGUUCAUUGACAGUUGUUGAAUCCAAACAGCUUAACAAAAAUAAACCUUAUAUGGUUGUGUGUCCCUGCUGUCAGGAAAAUCAUAGUAUAUACCAUUGUUCCAAAUUUGAUGCAAUGACUCCAGAACAAAGAAAAUCCUUUGUUUAUCAGAAUAAAUUGUGUUUUAAUUGUUUACGGACUCAUCACAUUGCUAAAUGCAUCUCACGUAGUGUAUGUGGAGUAUGUCAUGGCCGUCAUCAUACAAAGCUACACAUCAUGUCUAAUACAGUAAGGCCUAAUCCAACGGAAGAAGUUGCUGUGUCCACAUUAGGCUCCAUCAUGCAACUUCAAUCAAGUAAUGAUGAGCGACAGUUUACUAUGAUAUUGGGUACCGUUUCUGUUUGUGUACGGGAUGUCAAUGGGCAAUAUCAUUCAGCCCGUGCAUUGAUAGACAAUGGUUCCCAAGUUUCUAUUAUAUCUGAAAGUCUUGCUCAGCAGUUAAGGCUACCACGUACACCGUCGAGAUGUGUACUUGGAUUAGGUGCUUCAUCAGCCAAGCAAACUAGAGGUACAAUACAUUGCCAUAUAAAAUCGGUACAUGAUUCCUCCAAAUUCAUUUCUACUGACUGUUUAAUAAUGAAACGUAUAACAGGUAAUCUUCCUUCUGUUGAAGUCAACUCUUGCAUCAUGGAUAAAUGUAGAAAUUUAGUUUUAGCGGACAAAAACUUUUCAGUUCCAGGACAAAUAGAUCUUCUUUUGGGUAUUGACACAUAUAAUCAAAUUCUGGAUGGCAAGCGGUGUAGCCUGGGUGAUGACAUGCCCACUGCACAUUCAUCCUUAUUCGGUUGGGUUAUUAUGGGCAGAGCACCAGCAGCAUCACAGCACUCUUAUAGUGUAAUUUCGAUGGCCUGCACAGGUGAUCCUUUCUUCAAUCUUUCUAGGUUCUGGGAGUCAGAGGAACCUCCCAGCCAGCCUAUACGGGAUCCUGAAGAUAUUCUUUGUGAAAAACAUUUUACUGACACCCACACGAGAGAUGACACAGGUCGUUUCAUUGUACGGUUACCAUUCAAAGUAGAUCACAAGCCUUUGGGAGAAACACACACUACCGCUUUAAAGCGAUUUCAUAAUUUAGAGCGCCGCAUGUUAAAGGAUGACAAAUUGCAUGAAUUAUAUGUAGCCUUUAUGAAAGAUUACAUUGAAGCUGGCCAUAUGCGUGAAGUAUCAACUCCUGUUUCAAGGGAGCGAUAUUACAUUCCGCAUCAUGGCAUACUACGAGAACAUAGUAGCACCACAAAACUUCGUGCUGUAUACGAUGCUUCGGCCUCUAGCUCCACUGGUGUUUCCCUCAAUCAGAUACUUAUGUCUGGCCCCAAACUUCAAAAAAGUAUUGAAGAUAUAAUUUUGCGUUUUAGAAUCCAUAAAGUUGUCUUCACAUGUGACAUAAAACAAAUGUACCGCCAGGUACGUAUGCAUAAUGAAGAUUCUCUGCAUAUUCGUGUCAUUCAUGAGCUGGCUCACAUAAAUUCCAGCCAGCAUCCUGAGGCUUGUAGAGUGUUGCUAGAGGACACAUUCGUAGACGACGUUGUCAGUGGUUCUCAUAGUUUUGACUCUGCUCAGCACCUGCAACAAGAACUUGUUAACAUUCUAUCUCAAGGCGGCUUUGCUUUACGUAAAUGGUCUAGCAAUUCAAAGGAGUUUUUGGAGUUGUUUGCUUCAGAUCACUGCGAGCCACCUUACCGUUUCGAAGAGCAUGGUGAUAAUGUUUACAAGAUUUUGGGCAUCGAGUGGAACGCAAAAACUGACAGUUUCAUUUAUCGUGUUUCAAAUAUUAGCGACGUCAUGACAAUGCGUGGUGUACUUUCUAAUAUUGCCAGACUUUACGAUCCAUGUGGAUUCCUUGCGCCUGUCACUUUCUAUGCAAAGCACAUCAUGCAACAAUUGUGGGCAAGUCAGUGUGGAUGGGAUGAUCCUCUUCCUCCUGCCAUACAGGAAAGUUGGUCAGAGCUAAUUUCAAAUUUUCAUCAACUCGAUAAAGUAUCGAUACCACGUUGGGUAAUCACUAAUCAACCAUUGGUUUGUCAGCUACACGGUUUUAGUGAUGCGUCUGAACGCGGAUACGCUGCGUGUGUCUAUCUGCGCGUCCAGAAUGCUCAUGGUAUUUCGACUCAACUAUUACUCGCAAAAUCGCGUGUAGCACCUCUUAAACAAAAACUUACCAUUCCAAAAUUGGAAUUAAACGGUGCACUUUUACUUAUACGUCUUACAAAACACGUAUUUGACAUCUUAAAUGUCAAAGUCAAAAUUAGUAGUGUUGUUGCUUGGUGCGAUUCAAGUAUAGUUCUUUCAUGGCUUAAAACUUCUCCUCAUAAACUUCAAACGUAUGAGGGUAAUCGUGUAUCCCAGAUUCAAAAUCUGUUUCCCGAUGUUACAUGGAAGCAUGUACCGUCCAUGAUGAAUCCAGCUGAUCCAGCCAGUCGAGGUCUCAGUCCUGCUGAAUUAGUUGAUCAUCCUUUAUGGUGGUGUCCAAAAUGGCUUGAGCUGGACGACUCAACAUGGCCAGAUAACAUUCCUGACCUAAGUGAAGCGGAAUUACCUGGCAUGAAGUCUUCACCGUUUGAAGUCUAUGUGACUCAGACGGUUGAUGAAUUUCCUGCUCUUACAAAAUUCAGCUCGUUUCCCAAGUUACAGUCUGUGGUAGCUUGGUGUAAGCGCUUUAUUUACAACCUGCGUAACUAUUCUCAACGAAGAACUGGACCUCUUAGCGUAUGCGAGUUGAGUGCAAGCACGCACACUAUUGUCCGGCUAGUUCAGUCUUCGGAGUUUUUGGAAACUUCUAGAAGGUUACGUGAGGACAAACCUCUCAAGGGUUGUCUUUUAAGGCUCAACCUAUUUCUUGAUCAGGACGGCCUUAUUAGAGUUGGUGGAAGACUUAUCAACUCAAAUUUACCCUACAACGCAAAGUAUCCGCUUCUACUUCCAAAAACUCACCAUAACGUAACUCAGCACAUUAAAAAUUCACAUGAAGAAAUUCACAAACAUUUAGCACGUCAACAAGUAGUUUGGCAUUUGAAUCCUCCCGCCAGUCCACAUAUGGGCGGUUUGUGGGAAAGCGCCGUGCGCUCUGCCAAGAUUAUUUUAACUCGAGUUAUCGGCGAUCGCUCACUGGUUUUCGAAGAAUUAGCUACCAUUUUUGCCAAGGUUGAAGCUGCAUUAAAUUCGCGUCCUUUAGUCCCUAUAACUAAUGAUUCAAACGAUUUGGAUGUUCUAACACCGGGCCAUUUCCUCAUCGGUAAACCCCUUCAGGCAUUGCCUGAGGAGGAAAUGACAGAAUCUAAUCUUUUAAAACGAUGGCAAUUAGUUCGUCAAAUAACUCAGCAUUUUUGGAAACGUUGGCAAACCGAAUACCUUCACACAUUGCAACAACGACCCAAAUGGCUUGCUAGGCUACCUAAUGUCCAAGUAGGUGAUUUGGUCUUGCUAAAGGAAUCCGCUUUGCCACCGCUUCGAUGGAAGACAGCCCGCGUAACAAGGGUUUAUCCAGGUUCUGACGGCACUGUUAGGGUGGUUGAAUUAAAAACUUCAGCUGGUAGUCUACUUCGUCCAGUAACUAAAAUUUGCCCGUUAUUAUGCCAAGCCUAA